CGCGCGGGCAUGGAGACGCCCGGCGGGACCGUGAGCGCCGCGGUCCGGGAGCACCUGAGGCAGUUGUGUCUUCGCGAGUUCCCGUGCGGCACCGGCAGCUGGAAUAGGUCACGUUUUCUUCCUCGAACUUGGCGAACAUGGAGGGAGCUGAUCCCCAGAGACGAGGAGGCCGUGAGCCCCGGGGAGGAGACGGUGGAGGCCCUGUUGGGCCUGGUCCGCAGCCCCCACUCCCCCUGGGCUCUGCUGGAGGGCUCCAGUGCAGAGGACCAUUUUCUGAGAGAACUGGCCAUCCAGAAUCCCCUGAUGCUCAAGGACACCUUCUUCUACUCCUACUUCAGGUCCCUACGAGUGGUGGACAAGCAGGUGAGCCUGGUGGAUAAAGACCUCCUGAAAUUUCUAAAUCUUGAAGAGUUGGUACUGAGUGCUAAUCAAAUCCAGGAGAUCGAUGCUGUCAACCUGCCCCCAACUCUCAAGGUGCUGGAGCUCUAUGGCAACGAUAUCCGCAGCAUGGAGUGUCUGUGCGCUGCCCCGCCCCCGCGACUCCAGCACUUGGGGUUGGGUCACAACAAGCUUCUGGGCCCCCUGGAAAGUCUCUAUGUCACCUCCAACCACUGGCCCAACCUCGUCUCUCUGGACCUGAGCUUCAACGACCUGACGGACCUGCAGGGCAUGAUGGCCAGCCUCAGCACCCUCCGCCGCCUGAGGCUGCUGGUGCUGCAGGGGAACCCGCUGGCCCUGCUGCCCUACUACCGAGGCUUCACCAUCGACAGCCUGUCCCAGCUCUGCGUGCUGGACGACAUCACCGUGUCUCCCAGCGAGAAGCAUCAGUUCCGGGGGCUCGGCCGCAGUGGGGACCUCUUGGCACGUCAGGCACAGCUCGUGGUGACCAUUGGAAAUGUCAAGGGGGUUCAGGACACCUCAGUCUUAGACCCGGAACCAGGGCCCCAAGGCCCUUUUAUCACUUACAGCUAUUAUGUGACCUACGAUUUUGUAGAAGAGGAAGAAGGAGAAGGAAGUGAAUAUGGUGGUGUCCUGGUGGAGAUCGUCAUGCCCUCGCCCAGCACCGAACAGCUGGCCGAGGACAUUCCGGAGGACGUUCCCGAAGAGGUCUUCGAAGAGCACGAGGACUCUGCAGAGUCCGGGCUGUCCGCCCAGUCGGGAGAGCGCGAGGAUUCGCUCGCGUCGGGCGGGUCGGCGCCCUUGCCCGGGGUGGCCGACUCCACGGAAGAGCUGGCCAAGCUGCGGCCGCGAAGAGACCCCCGGCUCUGCCCCUCCCCAGGGACCGUUCUCUUCAGCACUGUCCGCAAGCCCUGGACUGAUGUCAUCCCCUGCAGCUAUGAGAUGCAGCACACACUCAAGGACCUGGUGCCACUCAAGGCUUUCCUGCUGGCGGGAACCACCGUGACCAUCGUGGAGGAGAAGAUUCUCUCUUGGCCUGCGGUGCUGCCUCCUGUUGACGUCCCAUUGCCUGCCAAGAAAGGAAAAGGGGAGAAGGACAAGAAGGGGAAGAAGGAGAAAGACAAGAAGGGAAAAGCCGGGAUGGACACGGCAGGGAAAAGGGAGAAAGAGGUGGCAAAGGAACAGAAGGGAUCCAAGAAGAAAGAGCUUCCUAAGGAGCUCCGCCAGGACCCGCCCAUCCUGCGGGUGCUGGGCAGUGGCUUGGUGGUCCUGGAGCCCCUGCUGGCGGGGGAGCCACUUGUGUCCGAAGUGUGCAACUUUGGGGUGAUCCGCACUUUGGAAACGGACAGGCUGACAUCCCUCAGGGAUUCAAAGAACAAGAACAAGAGAGCUAAAAAAGAAAAGACCAAACCUGCGGCUGCAGUGUUCGACGGCGACUACCAGCCCCAGCCCUUGACCGUGGAGGUGCAGAUCCAGCUGAACCAGUGCCGCACGGCCGAGGAGGCGCUCCGGGAGUUCGCCCUGUAGGGCGCGGGAUUAA